AUGCGCUCCUUGGGGGGCGGGCGGCUGCCGCGGGAGCCGCAGCCGCAACGGCGGCGGCGGCGGCAGCAGCAGCAUUAUGAUCCCUUGGGAUCUGUGUUAUCCAGCCGGGGCGGUGGAUGCGGCCUUAGGCUUGGGAUUCUCUGCUUGCUGCUGAUUGCAUGCGCUUGCUGGUGCGGCGCUCCGGCAGCUCUGGGUUUUCCCAUGGAUGCAGCACGGAACGCGGAGAUGCAGCAGAAGCGGGAGCAGGAGCAGCAGCAGCAGCAGCAGCAGGAGCGCGAGCAGGCAGCUCUUGCUCUUCUCUCUCUCCACGAAAAAUACAGUCCCCCCAAUUGCAAGUACCACCCGCUGCCCUCCUCUCUCAACACUUUCAGCCUCCUCAGUAACAACGGAGAGAUUCUUCUGUCCGACGUCUUUGGCCUAUCGGGCACAUGCGAAGAAGAGGAACACUUCCUCCGUUUUUCUCUCCCUCCGCAUGCAAAAGACGGCCGCACUGUAUUGUCUCUAAGUCUUGAUCUUCACCGCGACAGCUUUGUAGAGUUCAAGCAUAUCGAGCUGUACAGACAGCCAAAACAAAACCCCCUUCCAGUUCCCCUUAAACAUAGCCAAGUAGACGCAGCAAAAUUGGAGGAGAGGAGACGCACAGCCCUGCAAACGGCAACGAUAUUGGAGGGUGCGGGAGGGGCAAAGACUCGCGCAGUGCUUAGUGCCCCUAUAACGGAUGCUGAGGGGGGAUUUCUGUACUAUAUUGCCAUUGCCGUAACCCCCGCGGCGGGGAGGCCUUCUCUAGCUGCUGAGGAGGGCAGCUCCCAUCUGUUGCUGCCCUGCCACCCGAUGCGACUUGAUCUCGCCCUUGUGCCCUACGAUCGCAUGCACCUGUACAUGCCCUCGUCCUGUCCUUCCGCCUCCUUCCUGCCUACCGCCCCCCCUGAGCUCACGUUGGGGGACGAAGGUCUGUCAUUUUCAAGCCCUGUUGAGAAUCCGUUUGUGUUAAACUUUGCGGGGGAGGAGCCGUGGAAGCCAUUCACCCGGGCUGUCUUCCAGUGUUUGUCAGUCGCCUUGCUGUACUGUCUUCCUCCCUCUCUCUCUGUCUCUUAUGUCCCUCUACAUGCAUUUCUCUUCCUUUGUCUGUCUCCUUUUGUGUCUAUCUGUCUUCGCCUUUUGCUUGUCUCCGACUGUUUCCGUCAACAGACAGCAGUGCGGGUCCCUCCUCGGCUUCACCGUUUUGUGCGCAUUUACAUGCGGGUCUCCUUCCGCUUUGUGUCUGGUCCCUUCCAACUUCUGCUCGAACUGUUCGAUGAGGAGACUCCUCCAGAUGGGGCUGCUACUCAGCCUGCAUGUGCUCUUGGUUGUCUGGGCGGGACUCCUACGUACAACGGGCAGCUCUUCGACCAUGCGAUGCCUACGGGCUACAUCUACAAGUUGUGGCUUCUCGUGGGAGACCCAAUGUACUUUGAAGACAAGAGCACUCAGUGCAUGCAAUUCGACUUCCAGUACUCCCUUAAGUUUGAGUCACGGAUGACUCCCUUUGAGGUUACAACGCACUCUUGGAUGUGUCCCUUCGCGCGGCUGCCUGGGCUGAUCGUACAGCUUAAGCGAGAUGCCGAAGAUACAAUUGUAUCCGAUGAGCUGGGCGUUGUAAAGAUGCAUUCCAUUGAUCUUAAAGACUGGUUUGGCUUCCCCCCUGAUGAACUCGACUCCAUGACGCACAAUACCAAACUUGUGCUGCAACAGCCAAGGUGUCCCCUCUUCCCUCUGUCUCCUCCGAAUGUGUCCGACUGUUUCUGCGGGUGUCUCCCUGUGCCUCCUCCUCUAGCGUGUGUCUACUGCCUCUGGGAGUACUUCAUAACGUUCCGCGCCAGUUAUCCCUUGGGGGGCAUUCCGCCUUGCGACGGUUUCUUUGCACGUAUAUCCGUGCAUCCGUCUGCCCUGCUGCAGGAGGAUCUAAGUGUUGAAAUAUCUCAGCAGAUGGGAGAUAUAAAGCUAGAGGAGGAGGCAAGGGACAAUUUCAAGCCCUUUCUUCUCGAGGUCCCCUCUCCUCAUGCAGACACUUCCUUUCAUAAGGUUGGGGGCGGUAGUUUCCAUGUCUCACCGGGGAGUAACGAGUUGUGUGUGUUGUCCCUGUCGCCUUUUGAAUUGCACAAGCCCAUCCUUCCAACACUUUUCUUUUCUGUUACCUCCUCCUGUUUCCUGUCUCUUUCUGUCUCUUCCAAGACAUACUUGCGGGUCGGGCUGCUAGCGGACUUCUCCGCUAUCGAGUUAAUAGCAGUCGUUAAGAAGGAGGGAUCUCCUCAGCCCUCGCAUGUCCUCGAGUUUGCGCAGAAUUACCAGCACUUUGUGGGGCCGCUAGAGGGCGGGCGCUACCAAGUGGAGAUGUUGGCGUUAAACCCUCAGGCGGUGGCUGCACAGACUUCCGAGAAGACCUGCGCCCCAUUGGCCAUAGAUAUGCGGCUAGAAAGCAACAAGGAAGUAGUAGCAGCAGCAGCAGCAGCAGCACAGAAACAUCAGUGGAUCUGUUCCAAAGAGAGACCUUUUAUUCCUAAACACUUACAGGUCACUGAAGAUGCGCAGUUCGUCCUCGACACCAAAUACGGAGUGCCUUCUUCAGGCCAUCACCUUCUAACUCUCUCUGUGCCGCGCCGGUCCCUUCUUAAGCUGUCUGUCAAUGUCCCCUUGGGAUCCGCUCCCCACCUUGUUGUCUACCCGGAGGGACAGCCAGCGACAGUAUUAGCAGAAGCUUAUGGAGAUCUUUUUAUGGAAGCGGAUGCCGCCGGUCGUUAUGUAAUUCGAUUUACAUUCACUCCUCCGGGGGGAUCGUCCACUUCCUGUCCCCACGCCCAGUUCCACUUCGUAGCGGCUCCUCUGUCUCUGGUGCCUGUCUGCCCUUGGGCAAGGGGACAGCAGCAACUGUCUCCUCACCAGCUACGAGAGGCUGCUCUCGCAGCCUUCAACGCCACCUUCGAUGCCUCGAUGUUUUUGCCCAAGCAGUUGGGAUCGGACGGUGUUGAGGUGUCUCGACCGCACGAUAUUUGGCUGUCUCCGUCCCUGCACCCGGAGUUUCCCUUCACUGCCCCAGGGCCCAGCAGCAGCUUGAGGGUGGAAGUAGUGCUGCAACCGGCAUGGCUGCCGCUGCGCUUGGAGUUGCACCGCAAGGAGGAAGCGGGUUUGCGGCGAGCAGCUUUCGCUAUGUCGGAGUACACUGAGGGGCGUAUUUUGCUGUUGUCUCGUGACCUUCCUGGGGGCGACUAUGUAUUGAAAUUUGUAAUAUACGACCAGUUGGGAGAGAACAACUCGGCGCUGUUAAAUGCUGUGCGGGCGGAGCUGCUGGAGGUGCCGGACUUGUUGCCUGUAGAGCUGCCUCCCAAGUCAUUGAACAUGAGGGGUUGGCUGGCAAACCCUGACGUGCCAGUGUUCGCAACUUCUGUUUUUUCGUUCCACGGGGAACAGGGCGAGGAGGAGGAGCAGCAGAAGGAGCACAAAGACAAGCAGCUUGUUGCUGCAGGAGGGGUUGCUCGUACGAGCUUAGUUGUCUCUAAGCCAACUGUAUUCCGAGUUGCUGCGGAGCCCGCCCUUGCCUCCGAGGCCCAGCUCAAGAUACGCGUCUUCCCUUCCUCCGGCAGCAGCAACAGCAAGGAAUUGGUGUCUGCUCCCUUGCCGUCAACGGGUGCUGUAGCCGAGGCUACGGACAACAAUCUCUUCACGCUUCUGCAGCCUGGUGCUUAUCUUAUAGCCUUUGAGGGGAAGGAGCCUUUUCUAACAACUAUUGGGCUGAUGUCUGUUGACGCGCUGCAUGCGGCUCUCCCGUCGCCGGAGGGGACAAUCUCCUCUGCUUGCAGCCCCAAUCUGCCGAAUUUGUCUGUCCCAUCUCCUCUUCCUGCUUCCUACGAGAGCGAAGAUUUUGUGUUCAACGUCGACAUUGCAGCUUUGGAUGAGACAGGAGAGCUUCUCUCAGUGCCACUGCAGCUCGCCUCGCCAUCUGUGGUGUAUGCUGAAGUCGGGUCGAAUUUCGUUAUGGAUUUCGUUAGAGUUGGCAUUGAGGUGGCGGAGGGACUGUGGCUAGGCGAGCAGAGGGGACAACAGAACUCCCUCAAGCUGCUGCUGGGGGCCGGAAAACACACCUUGCGCGUCCGCUUGGAGACAGAGACAAACACUAGCACCGACAGCAACAGCAGCAGCAGCAGUAGCAGCAGCAGCAGCAGCAGCAAGGGUCCUUAUAAAAAUGCUCUUCGAGACAAACUCCUAUCUGACGCACAGGCGUCGCGCUGCCUGCGUUUCUCGCUGCAUUUGUCUGUGCACUCGGUGGCGGGAGGGGAAGGUGGUUCUUCGAACCCUUUGGAGGAGUGUUCUGCAUUUGGGGCUUUGCCGCUCCCCACCGACCUCAACACCAUUAGCGGCAGCGCCUCUCUGGGGGAGGAGAUGCUCUUGAAGGUGGGAAUCUUCAUCGAGGACCAAACGCGCAGCCUCACUAUGGCGCUGCAAGACGGAACGGCUCAAGACGUCGAGGCAGUGCAUGACUGGACGGUGGGAGGAGGCCACCGCGAACGCAUCUACAGACUGCGGCCUUCAUCCGACAACUCGGCCUUUCACUUGGUGCUGUCGGGAGACGGGGACAGUUGUCUCCUCUUUGAUUUGUUUAUUCAGUCCAUUCCCUACAGCGAGUUGGAGAAGAUGGGCGAAUGUAGCGGCUUAGGAGUUUCUCCUGUUUCUCCUUCCGAGUUCUUUAAGUCAGAGUCAGUGCAAGCAGCAGCGUCGUUGGUGUCUGCCCGAAGAGGGGGACACGAAGCGACGCAGCAGCAGGUUGUGGCGGCGCUACAGCCGCUGCAGCAGCAGCACGAGGGCUUCCUUAAGACAAUGGAGUUCGAAGUUACAGAGCCGUGUUUUGUUUUGGCCGAGGUGGGCUACAACUUCUUGCUCUCGCAUGUGGAGAUGGACAUUGUAACGGCAAACGAACAACAGCCCCAAACUGUGGCCAUGGGGGAAUUCGACUUCCUGCAUGCAUCCGAUCACCCUGUGAAUGCUCGCCAGUGGAUUGCAACUCACCUCGACCCGGGCCGCUUUGUUCUGCGGAUAGCAGACGAUCAUUUCCCUCUUCAAUUUACACAGCAUCGCGAUCGGUGUUUCCCCUUUCAAUUCUUCUUCCACAUCCACGCCCUUAGCAACAAAACCCUCAAGCCUUCUGUCGUGGCGGUACACCCCGACCCGAGCGUCCCCAUAAAAGCGGGCCAAGACUUACUG